UGAUGGCAGCCGUGGCAAUAGCCAACAUAGUGAAGAGCUCACUGGGACCAGUUGGACUCGAUAAAAUGCUCGUAGAUGACGUCGGAGAUGUAAUAAUAACGAAUGAUGGUGCCACGAUCCUGAAACAGUUGGAAGUAGAGCAUCCUGCAGCAAAAGUGAUUUGCGAGCUUGCAGAACUGCAAGAUCUCGAGGUUGGAGAUGGAACCACGUCAGUGGUGAUUAUUGCUGCAGAGUUGCUGAAGAAUGCUGAUGAGUUAGUAAAAUGCAAAAUCCACCCUACUUCAAUAAUAUCUGGAUACCGGUUAGCGUGCAAGGAGGCAUGUAGGUUCAUUCAAGAUCACCUGACAAUCAGUACAGACGAGCUGGGAAAAGAUUGCAUUGUCAAUGCUGCCAAAACUAGCAUGUCAAGCAAGUUAAUUGGACCAGACUCAGAUUUCUUUGCCAACAUGGCUGUUGAAGCAGCAAUGGCAAUUAAGACAGUAGAUUCCAAGGGAGCAGUCAAGUACCCAAUCAAGGCUAUCAACGUGCUGAAAGCCCAUGGACUUAGCUCAAGGGAGAGUGUGCUUGUGAACGGUUAUGCACUGAACUGCACAGUGGCUUCACAGAUGAUGACAAGGAAGGUUACUGGGGCCAAGAUUGCUUGCUUGGACUUUAGCCUAAUGAAAACCAAGAUGAAGCUUGGCGUGCAAAUCGUAGUUGAAGAUCCUGCAUCCCUUGAUAAAAUCAGAGAAAGGGAGCAAGACAUUACCAAAGAGCGAGUGCAGAAGAUCAUUAACGCAGGAGCUAACGUCAUUCUUCUGACUGGAGGCGUUGACGACAUCUACAUGAAGUACUUUAUCCAGGCAGGCGCAAUGGCUAUCCGUCGAUGCAAGAAGCAAGACAUGAAAAGAAUUGCGAAAGCCACUGGAGCGGUGAUGAUGCCCACGUUGGCUAACCUGGAGGGAGAGGAGAGCUUCGACGCGACGAUGCUGGGACACGCGGAGGAGGUCGCGCAGGAGAAGGUCUGCGAUGACGAGCUCAUCAUCAUCAAGAGCCCGAAGGCACGGACGGCGAGUUCGAUCAUCCUGCGCGGUGCGAAUGACUACAUGUGUGACGAGAUGGAACGCUCGCUGCACGACGCUCUAUGCGUCAUCAAGCGCGUGCUCGAGUCGAAGAGCGUCGUCCCCGGCGGCGGGGCGGUGGAGGCCGCACUCUCCAUCUACCUGGAGAACUUCGCCACGUCUCUGGCAUCACGUGAGCAGCUAGCUAUCGCAGAAUACGCUAACUCCCUACUGGUCAUCCCUAAGACCUUGGCCGUGAAUGCCGCAAAAGACUCGACCGACCUUGUCGCAAAGCUGCGAGCGUAUCACAACGCCGCUCAAACGAAGAAAGAGCAUGCGACCCUGAAAUGGACUGGACUGGACCUGUACGAGGGAGUCGUGAGAGACAGCGUGAAAGAUGGCGUCCUGGAACCGGCCAUAUCCAAGGUCAAGAGCCUCAAGUUUGCCACCGAGGCAGCCAUCACCAUCCUGCGCAUAGACGAUAUGAUUAAGUUAGCAGCUGGUCCCAACGAAAACCCAGAACAUAGCUAUGCUAACGCACAGAGGUCCGGGGCUCUAGAUGGUUAAGCGUCUAAUGUCGCAGAUUUUUUCCCGACAGCACACGUCAGCGUUUGUUUUUUGUAACGUAUUUCAAUUGAACCCGAGUGUCGCAUUCGAUCACAGAUUUUGGCACACUGACCAGGUAGCCGCACUGCGUGACUUGUUUCGGUGAUGAUUUUCACGCGUUACAGAGGUGAAGCCGUCAUUCGAAGGUGGCCAAAAUCACUUGCUGUGUUACGUGACUGCGUUUGAUAUUUCAUCGGAAAAUGUGUGUUCGUUCUCUCGCAAAACUGCAAACAUAGCUUCAUAUGGUUGUCAAAUGUGUGGAAGUAUCAUAAUGACGCCGCAAUACAAGAUAAUACAUUGUUGAUUACAAAAAAAAAGGUAGGGCGAAUGCUAUGGGGUAAAUAAAAGAAGCAGUUCUUUAAAUUAAAUUCCAAUAUUUCACACUCACUAGGUGGAAAUAUUUAGAGUGUAUGAGAUAAUUACUGAUAUGUUAUAACGUACAUAACAUUUGCCCAAUGCACAAAUUCAAUUUGGCUGUUUAUUUGCAUAAUGUGAUUAUUUUCAUCUUGGAAACUGUUCCUUAUCUGCUGUCAUGUUUGCAUCUGAGAAUAAAAACCAAGUGCAUAAGUUUUGUCAAAA